GCGAAGAAGAAAUAGAGACGAGGCGGGACCGGAAGCUGCUUCUCCUCGCGUUUAAGCUCAACUAUCGGUUUAUUAUCUACCGUGGCCAUUUGUUCAUUACAUCCACGUGUAUGGAGGACGGAUAUAUUUCGUAUUUGUACCAGGAAUCUCAUGUAUUCGCCCAGCCAAUUUUUUAACCUGCCAACUGGCCGAAUCAACGGAGGGAACAUUAUGAAAACACAGUGACAGGACCAUUCUUCUCCACGGUGAGUGCUUGUGUCGUGCUAGCUUGUACUGAGGUGAUGUUCAGUGAUGGCAGAGAUGCUCCACAUGGGUGACAUCGUGUUUAUUUUUUUUUUUUUUUUCAUUUUGAAAAAGUCAUGUUUAUUUCUCUAUUGACUAAGUAACGAUGUUAGAAAAAAAGCUCCACAUUCUUUACUCUCUUUUGCCUCUCAACUCGUCAUCGUUAGACUUUACUGUUGGCUUCGUCAAAAACGUGGUUCAAAUGCAGUUCAUAUUAUAAUGAAAUAAGGCCCCCAAAUAUGACUCAAAUACACGGAUUCAUAUUAGUUUUGUGCUAACUUACAAAACAGAACAAGUCUGACAAAACCCCAAAAGGGACAUAUUGUCCUUGGCUUAAUUGUUACAACUUUAUUUAACGGAAUUCUCCUUUAUUAUAGGGGUUUUUGCCACUUGUUAAAUGCGUAUGGUCAGCCUGUUUCAUGUUUUGCUGUGUGGGUGAUGCUCCAAGUUACAAUUUAAUACUCUGACAGGACCCACGUUUUUUUUCUUUUUUCCUUAUUUUGUACUCAGAGAUGGUUGUUUAGCAGUGUCAUGUUUUUGGCAGAAUUGCUGUGUUGUGAUAAUGUUGUUGUCAUUGGUCAUUAUUGGGUGUUUGUUUGGCGUGUGGUCAUCCAGUAUCAGUUUUUCAAUGGCUGAUGCUGAUACUGAUAAUGUGAGAACAGAUAAUAGUGAUACUGGGCUGAUCCUGAUAAUGUGAAAAUGCAGAUAACUGGCAUGAAUAAUGGAUAAUAAGUCUAUCUGUAGAGUUUAACUUUAUCUGGGAGCCCCCCACCACACACACACACACACACACACACACACACACACACACACACACACACACACACAUACAGACUUGAGACUACCAGUCUUAGUGUUUCUACUAAUAGUUGCAUUGUUUACCUCUUCAUUUAACCCUCUUAAUUUAACUCCUAUUUCUCUCACUUGCUUCAUGUUUGUUUAAAUUUAGAUGUAUCAUUUCUAGAAAUAUGGUUUUGGACUGAAGCUGAAUAAAGUAGUCCUCUUUUCUAGGAUGUUGUGUAGAACCGACCACCAAAUUGUCUUGUAACUAAUACAAGUCUUAGAAUGUCUGAUAACUGAUUAAUAUGCAGAUGUCUAUCUUGGUAUGACCAUAAUAACAAAAGACUGUCUAUCUGUUCUUUAUUUAGACAUAGAAAGUUUCUGCAUGUUGUCAGCUGGAUGAUAUUUCAGAAUCAGUUUCAACAGCACCCUCUUAACCUGUCUGGCAGUUAGAUAUACAAAAGGAAGCCCUCAGGUCCUUUUGCAGGUGUAUUUGUUUCCUGGUUUUACCAGCUACGUGGCCUCAGGCUUCUCAUGUGCACAUGGUCUGUGUGCUUUAUUGUAAGGAUGACUGACUUCCUCUGUGCCAGGGUGAGUCAGAAGUCCUCUAGGGUUCAUCUAACACCCUUUUGUGUGUUAACAGGAAAGGUGUGGAAAUGCUACUCCGAAGAGCACAUGAAGCAAUUAGCAAUAAAUACAACCCCAAUUCCAAAAAGGUUGAGAGGCUGUGUAAAAAUGUUGAAAGAACAGCAGUUUAUUUAUAGGAUGUACUUUUUCAUAUGGUGCAAGACAACACAUCAGGUGGAUGGUGAAACUGAGAAAUAUGUCCUGAUUUGAAGUUGACUGAGACAUUAACAAAAAAAAGAAAAAACUGAGAAAGUUGUAUAAAGUUUCAAAACACCUGCCAACUAAGGGGGUUAAUAUACAACAGGGUUAGCAACAUGAUAGAGUACGACUAGGUAGAAGUUCACUUCUGAGUAAGCAAACUUCAUCUGUUUCGAAAUAAUGUUCCUCUGCCUAAAAGUUGCAAAGACUUAGUGGAUUUCAUUGUCUUCAGCACAAAUGAUCAUUAAAAGUUUCAGAGAUCCUGGAGACUUUUUUAUAUGAGGACCAAAACCAAGACUGGAUGGUCCUGAACUUCAGGUCUCCAAGUAGCACUGCAUAAAAAGCAGACUUGACUCUGCAGUAGAAGUCACUGCAUGGGCUCAAAAUAAAAACCUCUCCUGUUGUCAAAUCACAAUAUGAUGGGUGGUUUUGGAACCAUGAACACUGUGUCCUCUAAGGGUGGGAGAAAAAAAUCGAUAGAGCAGAGUAUCGUGAUAUUUUGUCUGGUGAUAUAUCAUAUCAUCUCAUUUACCAAGUAUCGAUUUUUUUCAAAUUAAUUGCUAAUAUGAAGUCAAAUCUGUGAUAACUGUAAAAUAAAAUCAACUGAUUGUCCAGUUAGGUGACAUCAUAGAGCAGAAGAAAGUUAUGGUGAAAGUAUGUUAAUAAUUGCAAAAAUAUCGUAUCGUGGCUCAAGUAUCGUGAUAAUAUCGUAUCGUGGGGCCCCUAGUGAUUCCCACCCCCAGCGUCCUCCACCAUAUAGAUGAGAAGGACCGCUUAGCUUGUCAUCAGCUCAGUACUAAAGCCAGUGUCUGUUAUAUAGACUAUGACAGCAUUUAAUUACUUGUAUGAAGAGGCUGCAUUAAUGUUGAACAAUAUCUACAGGUUUUGGAUCAACAUCUGCUACCAUCUUGACAGUGCCUUUUUCAGGAAAGACCAAACUGGCGUAUUUGUGGUGGUUACUGGUCACCCAUUGAAAAUAUUUUGUGGAUGAAGGAGAUCCUGAACUGUUGAGCAGCUGAAAUCCUUUAUGCAGCAAAAGUAGGAUGACACUUCACUAUCUGAUCCCCAGAAAACGUCUAAAUGAUUUGAACACCAUCCAAGCCUAUUUGAUGCGGUGUCAAAACGUCUUGGGAUUUGUAAUUAGAAGAAAUGAAAGCCAUUUACUGAAAUCCAGAGCUUUGUAAUGACAUUUUUGGUGCGGGUCCAUUCACAGUUAACUUCAAUAAAUCAAAGCCGCCUAAGAAGAUUGAGUUAAAUUUCGGAUAAGUCUGUGGAGUGUAAAUAAAAUAAUAAUUUUUCAUGCUUUAUGUGUUUUCCUGCAAAUAUAUGGGCUGACAAGUUUUACUCAGAUUUAAUGCCAAGAAAAAAAGCUGAUUUAAAGCUCUUUCAUCAGAUUAAAAUAGAUUAAGAAGAUUAAUUUCUGUUACUGAGAAACAAAAUCCAUGAGUGUGUAAUAACUUCAGUAAGUCUUACACUCCAAUACUUCCAUUAAAAAUCCAAUAAUCCAUAAAUAAAGUGAAUACAGGAAAGUGUGGAUUGAGCAGGAUUGGACUUUAGCUGUUUAGAGAGGAGAGACUUGCUCUUACUGGGACCAGUGUAGAACAUUGUCAGAUGUGUUUUGGUGUCUGUUUUAUCUCCAAAAAGGUGGUGCUCUCGCAAAUACUUCACAGGCUAAAACUCUUGAUUACCUGUUAGGGAGAUUGUUUCCAUGCGGAGGUUGCUGUGGGAGUUUUUUUGACUUUGACUAUGCUGAAAAUGUCCUCUCUGUGCUCAGUCUGGACUCUAAAUGCAGACAUUUUGCUCACCUUGUGUCUCUAUGCCUGAGGAGAUUUCUUUAACGAAACAAUGAGGCCACUUAUCCUGUCUGACCUGUGCAUUUUUCACUUCAAAGAAGGGGCCGAAAGAAGAACAAAUACCCACACACACAACAUGGGUUUUCGUAUGUUGUUACUUUAUUUAACUGUACAGAACAAUGCACGCACAAAGGAAGCUGUUCUGCAUUCCUGCGCAGAAACAGGCGCAGUUCCUCUGUUCUUACUUUACAGUCAGUGUUAGUUUUGCCAAGCUUUUCUCUCAGUGUCAGUUAAAAUUAAAUCAAAGCAGAGUCCACAGUUUGCCGUUUCUGGGUAAGUCUUUCAGUAGUAAAGUUAAACUCAACUUAAACCUUUACAUCACCUUUUAUGAGCUGAGUUGAUCUUAGACUACACCCUUACAAACAGCUUGAAUAUCCAUUACCUCAGGCAGAGUCGUUUCUGUGAGAGUACAUAGCUGACCAGGCCUGUUUUGAGGCCUGACCUCUGCUGACACCUGGUUGCUAUGUUGACAUCAGUCAGUACGUUUACAAGACACUCAAUAAAAACGAAUUAUUGCCUUACUCCAAAUAAGACUGGGCAACUGAAGUGUAGUCCAUCUAUAAUUUCCAAUAGGAGUUUAGCAUUGUUCGGAGUAUGAUUGGACAAUGCAUGUGCGUGUGCACCAUGUCUCCGUAACCCUGGAGCAAAAACACCAGAGAAGAAGUGGCACUAUCAUUUAAAGAACUUUAGACUUAGAACAGUGGUUCUCAAGUCCAGUCCUCGAGGCCCACUGUCCUGCAUGUUUUGGAUGUUUCCCUGCUCCAACACACCUGAUUCAAAUAAUCAGCUCGUUAUCAAGCUCUAUAAUGGCUUAAUAACGAGCCAAUCAUUUGAAUCAGGUGUGUGGCAUCUGCAACAUGGCUGAAGCACGAAAGAAUGUCCACUUUUGAAAUGAUGAGGAGAGUGCCGUUAUGCUUUCCCUCCUGAAAGAAAUGGACAUUUUAAAGUAUAUGGAUGGUUGCAAAACGAGGAACGGAGACAUCUUUAAAAAAGGGUCCGGAAACAGUGCCGCUAAAAAGACACAAAUUGCCCCCCAGUUUUGGAAAGGAGGACACGUUUGUGUCAAUAAUUUGAUACUCUCGGCUGCAUGUAUACGUGAACAAGGAGAGAAGUCUGAUUCGGCGGGGAAAAAAAACAAAUUAUGAACUUAGUCCGAAUAAGCUGAUUGUUUCCUGUGAGUGGCCACCUAUCGGUCAUCACUAUUGGAGCUCUGUUAGCGUGUUUUGUCCUCACACAGAUGGCACAGACACCAGACAGUGUGAUAUUAACUCCCUCACAUUACCCCCGGCUGUUUUCCUCUCAUUCUGAUCAGAGGAUCAGUCAUAUCAGGAGAGCUUUGAAGCACCAGGCGGCCUUUUAGGAUUGAUUUGUUGCCAAGCACAGUGACCAUUCAGGUCUGUUCCCUUUCCUAGUCUCUCUGUGUUGUUCUUUUUUGUUUGUUUUUUUUAAUAAUGUGUGUAAUGAUUUUUAUGACCUGUAUGUCCACAUUACUUUCCCUUUGUGCAUGAUUUACUAGCUAAAUCUCAUUAGUCCUGCUCUGCUGCUUUAAACAUGUUUUCCGGUCAGGCUGUAAAUGACUUUUGACUACGCUGAUUUACUUUGAAAGGCAUGUCCGACGGCAGAAGGAGCAUGAUGUGCCAGUGAAAGUUCAACCAGCCGUCUCACCAGAGUGAAAACAGGCUUUCAUUUUAAACUGAUGAGACUGUCCUUAAGCCUGGUGCUGUAAUGACGCAGUUUUUUGUUUUUGCUGUAGCAACAGGGAGGUGUCGGUUUGUAAGUUUAGGGAAGUGGUGCAAACACUGACGAACAGAUGAGGGCAUAUGAGGCAUGAAUGGAAAAAGAGUGAGUCAGAAAAAGCCACAUCUUUUCACCAAGCAGACACAGACAUUUUAGAGGCUGGUGCAGACACCUGAAUGUAGGUUAAAUGUAAGCCAGUCUGUGUGUGUCUAACCUGACCCCCCGCCCCCCAAAACAAGUCAAAACAAGCAGCAGCUCUGUUUACAGUCAGUAGCUCUGCUCUGAGGCAGGCGGGUCAGUGCUUUCUCUGCGGUGGUGGUUUUAGGUUUCUCUCCUUUCAACGUGUUUUUCAGUGUUUGUGUGUACAUAGGGAGUGGACUCAGAUUCCUGACUAAAGUACACAUUAUAGAGGACCAGAUUUGGUUUCCCAGCAGCAGGGGUGCUGAGCCAAACAAAUAUGCAUCAGGGUCUUAUGUUGGAAUAAUAAACAGGGGGAGGAAGAAAAGCCAGAGGGUAGUGAUAGUUAGGUAGUGUCCACACCAUAAAGUUACUCUCCAGCAGACUCUGACACUCACGUUUUUUUUCUUUACUGAUUGGUGUUGCAGAUUUUUUUGUUCUCUAAAGUUGUUAAUUUCACCUACUUUCAUAUUUUAUUCUUCAAAAGCCUCUUUAGCUGCUUUUUAACCAUGAUUACAAACUCAGCAAGAAAUAUUUUGAACAUAGUUUGAACAGAAAAUAAGGGACUGUUGGUGCAGAGGUUUCAGCCUGCACCCCAUUUUAGAGGGCUGUAGUCCCAGAGGCAAAAACAGCACUCACUGGUUCGACUCCCGGCCGUGACGUUUUGCUUCAUGCCAAUCUGAAACUUCUCCAAAACAGUGAAAAAAAACAAACAAAAAAAAAACCCGCCAUCAAUGUAUAAACACACUGUGCCACAGAGUUUCGUGACUGAGACAAGCGAACGAUGUCGUUGGUUGGCCCUGUGGUUAAAAUUCAUGCCCUGUGUACCUGCAGCUAUCACUGGUUUCACUUCCUGCCUUGGCUUUUUCCCGCCCUCUGCUGUCAGUGGUUCAGGCCAAUGAAAGCAGAGAAAAUAUACAUAUAAUUAAGUGAAUCACUUUUUACUGUUUUCUAACUUCUAAUUGUGCUUCCUUUCACUUCUUUUCUAUGAAGCUAAUGUUUUCAGUUUGUUGAUUUCACUUCAGUUUUGGUCAUUGUCAAGUCAAAAGAUUGACCGCCAGGUUAAAAAAGCUGCCUUGAGUGAUGUUUACACACAGCAUAUCCAUUUUGGACUGGAUUUAUCAUAGUCCACCUCAGCUUAAUAAAACAAAGAAUGGACCCUUCUGCUAUUUUUUAAAAUCAGAUAAAAACAAAAAAAGUUAUAAAUCAGCAGCCAAGGAACUAACGCUGUUUAUUUUGAGAAAAGACUUAAUUUUUUGACAUCUUGGAUUUGACCCGUAUAAAAUGUUGUUUUAUCUCAAGGACAGCUUGACUUAACUCUUAAAAGUUUUCUCCUCCACAGUCUUGUGAAUGUUGAUUUUCUUGCACCCUCGUUUGAACUCUUUAGUUAAAAGAUACACAAAGGUUUGCAGCUGGCAAAUUUCAUUAACUUCAAGCUUUUAGAGAUUUUCCUUAAAUCAAAGUAACCUCACGUCCGGGAUCAGAGAACUUAUCUGACUUCCUGGAGUCCCAGACUCAUGAGACUCUCUGUCUUUAUUGUAACAUGCCUGUGGGCUGACUUCAUCCAGCUUCUCAGGGCCUGUUGUUCAAAAUUAAUCAUGAGUCUACAUCUCAUCAGUGCAGAGACGACACUCUCAUGUCAUGUUAGAGGCUGACCUUUCUUCUCUCCUGCUGCAUUUCCAGUUUCAACAGAUCUUCCCCCGACAGGAUGAAGGAACGAAGAGAUGCUCCGCUGGAUCGGUGAGUACCAAAUCAGGAGCUAGAAUGAAACUUUCACUUCUCUCCGUUUGCUCUCGACCAAACAUCCUCCGAUUAUGCAGCUCUCGACCACAUGUCCUGUGUGGUUUUUGAGUUUCUAUUAGCAAAGAUAAAGCAGAUCAGGCUCUUUGUCAUCUUGGAUGAUUGUUGAAGAGCUGCUGAAAAGUUUUUAAUUUAAAAAGUAAAGUUUAAAAAUCCCUUGACGUUGUUCUGUUAAAGUAGUAAUCCAUAAUCGGUCCAUGCAGAGUUGCAGACACCUAAUGCUAGUGGUAUUAAGGAAAAGUAUGGUUUAAUACAGCUUGGCAGAGUCUGUUUGAUUAAGUAAAUCCCAUUUCAAAUAACACCCUUUAUUUACCAUCCAUAGGGGCUGCAUGGUGGGGGUCAGUUUCUUCAUUCUGGGCCUGGGAACUCUGCUACCAUGGAACUUCUUCAUGACGGCAUCAUUGGUAAGCUCAUUGUUGUUAUUUAACCCCUUUAAGAGCAGCAGAUCUGACUGUUGAUGUGUCCUUAUCCGCCCAAAACUGGCAGAAGCAUUCUGGUACAGCAGAGGCAGAUAGACUUUGUCAGUAAAUUUUAUGGUGUUUGUGGACGAGGAGGGUAGUCCAGUUAGCUAAACUCAAUUAACCAUAACUUGACUUAACUGUGCAUGUAAAUGUACUGUAUAACUUACUGUUUACGGUGAAACUGAGACUCACCAGAAUGAGACAAAUGGGCGCUCCUGCAGGAAAAUAAGCCUAGAAUUAUUGGAUAUCUCUUGAAGAGCAAAUUAAGCUUUGCAAUUGAUUUAAAGUCACACUCCGAUCGUUUUUUUAAAACAUUUUUUUACUACUUAAAGUGUUCUCAGUGGUCUUAAAAUUGUAAUUAUGAAGGUUUUAGCCAAAAUCACGUUACCUGUGUCAUUUUCAAGGGCUUUUCUGCAGAGCUCCAGUAGCUCAUUAGCAAUUCUCCUCUGAGUUGUGGGUGGAGACAGCACUGCUUUGCACACUCCUCUUAACACUAGCUUUGCAGCCUAACAUGGUGUAAGAGUAGCAGGUAACAUAGGGGGCGGAGCUUGGAUUUGUGACAUACGAAAUCUCACUGUGUCUGAACCUGCUGUUUGGGUCUGUCAGAGAUUCACAAAUAGUCAGAAAUGCAAUUUGACUUUUCUCACGGUAUGUUCUGUCGCAUCAGAAAAAUAUCAUAUGAACAUGUAGACAACAAGAAAAACAUGAUUUUCAUCAGGUUGGGUCUUUAAACCUGAGAUCAAAUUAUGGAUGCUGAUAGCUUAGUCAAGCAAAUGAGUGCAUUUUUGAGUGGGUCAUAGAGCUGAAGUAAGUAAGGGUAAACUUAAUUUUUUACUGUGAAACUGAGACUCACCAGGAUCAGAUGGACAGGCUCAGGAGUAGAAAGUGAGCCCUAAAAGUAUAACUUCUCCUGAAACAGGGGGCCCACAUACUCUAAAAGCUGCCUUAGCAGUAGUAGUAGUAGUAGUAGUAGUAGUAGUAGUGCUUUCCUUUCAGUCCUGGUCAGAGGUGUUUCUUAUUCCAGCAGUUCACUACUUACACUUCUUAUAGGGUCACAUGCUGGCUGGAUAAUAUAAGUCUUAAAGAUAGUAAGCUGUUUAUGACCUCCAAGCACAUAUUUGUGGAAAAACCCAUGGUAUGUAGUCGGAGUUUUAAAGAUCAUGACCCCAAGGCAGACUUUUAAAUCCACACGGUCCGUCAUAUGACUUUGGAUAACCAUGUGAAUCCCUGUGCGGAUAAACAAUAUGUCCACGUGUCAGAGGUGAAUUUUUCCUCAUGCAUGUUACCUGCAUCUGCAGCGCCUCAUGAGCGCUUUGCCUCAGCGCCUCAGUUGGUUAUUUUGAGCCGUGAACCAUGAAAGGAAGUGUUGGUGCCAGAGCAGCAAACCAAAUAUGAUCCGCAUUAAUGUAGUAUUGUGAAAUAUGUUUUUCAUUCGUCUCAGACUGUUAGAUCACAUGCAGGUACAGAGUUCAUUUUUACACAGCUGCAAGAUUAACAUUUUUUUUUGCAAUCAUUUCCAAGCAAAAGCGACAUUUUUCAAAUUAUUCCACAGAAAUGAAAAGAAGAUUGUUUGUGGAAGGGUUAGAUUUCAGAGAGGCUGGUCUCCACAUGUAUUCAGCUCAUUUAAUUCCUGAUGUGUUCAAAGACGCUAUUUUGCUUCGCAGUAUUUCCAAGGCCGCCUGAACACGACAGAAUGGAGCAACGGCACAGUGGUGGUCUCAAAGGACUACUACUUCAACAACUGGAUGACCCUGCUGUCCCAGCUGCCCCUGCUGCUCUUCACACUGCUCAACUCCUUCCUCUACCAAAGGUCAGCAGCCAAUCAGAUAAAGAGUUCGGGUUAAAGGUCGAGGGAUGCCGUUUGGACAGCGGGUGAUGUAGCAGUCAUUUUUGAUGAGGAAUAAAAGUUGAAUUAUUCCAGCCAGUUAUCCAAAAUGUGAAUUUUUCUUGACCUGCUUACCACAGAACUCCAGGAAAUGUGACUCUCUUUGUUAUUUUGAGCAUAACCGCUCUCAAACAAUCAAGAUAAAAUAUUGCUUCCUGUUUCUCCACAUUGUUCCCGUCAGAGAUUCUGAUUCGACCUCAGGUGUUUGCUCUGUGGAAGUGAAAUUAAAGUGAAAAUUCACCAUGUCAUGAUGAAACAGUGGCACUGGAGAAGACGUUUGAUAAAUGCAGAGCCUCAGAGUAUUCCAGCUCUCUGCAGGGAAGCUAAGAUUAAAAAUAAUAGGUCAUGUUGAGAUUUGUUGUUGAUGCAGUGGAGUUCCAACAGAACCACUGUCACUGUCCAGGCAGAGCAGGGCGGGUCUGUGCAACACUGGAGGUGUGGAAUGUAGGUGGGAUGUGUUACCGUAAUGUUGACACAUAAUUGAAACCUGUUGAAGACGUCAUCGUCAUUCAAAGAACUCAAAAACAAGUGCCAGAGGGAGGUUGGGCAGUCUUGAUGCGCCUCCUGGAAGGAAGUUUGAAUAUUCCCUCUAAAAAACACAAACAUUCAAACCAUUCGAAAGACUUUUUCAACUUGAAUAAUAAAUAAACUGAUCACAUGCUGAGUGACAGCGCUGUGAAUCUCUGUGGUCGUUGUUAGUGAAAGUGUAACUCCUGGUACUGCCUAGAGAGAAGGUCAUAAUACUACGAGCAGGCCCUCAACAUGACUACCUGUAUUUCUGUUCUGAAUGUGCAAAUUUUAAGUUUCACAUUCAAGACGUGAAUCAGGGUUGUGAAGAUGGGAGCUCUGUCUGCCUCUUACAUCCUCUCUGAUUUAUUUUACAGUUAAAAAGAGAGUUGAUGUGAUAGGAUGAUGUGUGUGUUUUUUCGCAGGAUAUCAGAGGCCAUUCGUAUCGGAGGAAGUCUGGUUUGUAUCCUGCUGCUCUUCAUCUUCACAGCGGUUCUCGUCAAAGUGCCCAUGGAGGAAGACAGCUUCUUCUCCGUCACCAUGGCUACAAUCUGGUUCAUCAACUGUAAGUCUCUUUGUGUUUGAGUGUAACCCAAAAGGAAAAAAGAGGCUGACAGCUGUGUUAUAACGUCUUGUUUUCGCCGCAGCGUUCGGCGCGGUGCUGCAGGGCAGUCUGUUCGGCCUGGUGGGUCUGCUGCCCCAGAAGUACAGCGCCAUCUUCAUGAGCGGACAGGGCCUUGCUGGGACCUUUGCCGCCAUUGCCAUGCUGAUAGCCUUAGGCAGUAAGACCGACACACACACACACACACACACACACACACACAUUCUUGCACACAUCACCGCUGGAGGCCUAAUCCCUUGUUGCCUAGUAACAGAGGACAUUCAAAUUGAAUGUUGAGCAAAGCUAGUCAAAUCGGCGUGACACCGCCCACCACACAUUUCUCUCUGCUCUUUUCAAGCACACACAGCUCACAUUGUGUCCGUGUGAACGGUGUGUUCUGCAGGGUUGACAUGAUACGAGCGUUUGGAAAGAGAAAAUAUCAGUACACAUCGAUACCUGAACUUCUGGGUGCAAAAAAAAAGUUUCAUCAGUUAUUUGGUUUCCAACCUGCACACAGAGAUGGGACAGAAAGAGUGACUGGACCAGGUGAUGUUGUUGUCUCUCUCCUCUCUGGCUGUCUGCAACUAAUGUUGGGCGGUAUGAUAGUAUAUACUGUGUGACGGGAUAAAAGUGUUGCGUGGCUGUCGUUGCAACCUCUUCCACCACCUAAAGGUGAAACGCGCCAAGCUCUAUUAUGAGAGCCAAAAGAUGCGUGGUGCACCCGCUGCACCAAAACUAAAGUUGCAGCAGCUCCUUUCAUACAAAAGGGCUUGGCAGAGUCAUUCGCCAAAGGUACGCCAUAUGAUAAAAAAAGUCGUCAGAAUGGUCUGGCAUUUUGUUUGCGUUUGUUUACAAAUCAGAGUUUCAAAAUAAAAGAGGAAAAUGAACCAAUGCGACAGUAUGGUUAUUUUUAAGCCAUUAAUUGAAUUUACAGGGGAAAAUAACAUACUGUGAUAUAUACAGUUACUGUGAUAUGAAAUUACUUAUGCUGUGAUGUAAGAUUUUGUUCAUACCGCCUAACACUACUAAGCAGUGAUGGCUGUGAUAGUGGGCAGAGCAGAGAGAGACACACAGCAAGCAGGAAGAAGCAGUGCAACUUCAGCUUGUUAGCAAAUCCUUCAUCGUCCUGCUAGUUUUGUGUGGAGGUGUGAGCUGAAUUACAAGAUCCUGAGAGUGCACCUGAUUUGAGACAAGCAAAAACAACUUUGAAUCUUACAGUUUGUGGGCUUUUCUUACUUCACAAGCGCUCUUUUGCUUUAUCUUAUCUCUACAUGCUCUCUUCUUUUUAUUUGCACCUGGAAGCUUCUGGUUGAAAAAGAUCCUGGUCCUUUUUAAAGAAAAUAUAAGUAAUGUUGUAAACCUUUUAAAGCAUGUAGUAUUGACCCCCCAUUCGUGUUUCUGCCACUCAGGUGAAGCCGACUCUGAGACAGCAGCGUUGGGUUACUUCAUCACUCCAUGUGUUGGGACGCUGUUGACACUCUUCAGCUACAUGCUGCUCCCCCGCCUGGUCAGUAUCCAUUUUUGCCUCCAGUGCACCAUAAAAAGCGCCGACCUCAGACCUCAACAGUCAAAGAUUUUGACUUGUUACCUUGCUGGACCAGUAUAGAGAAUUAGAUGCCUGUGGUGCAAACAUUGACUCAGCCUUUUCCACACCUAACGUUGUCUGUGCAGCAGUUGGUUUUUUACUGUGGUGAUCUGUCAUGAUGUUAACUGAGUUAGCUUUAGCCGCAAGCAUGAUGGUUACCAACUUUAGUUUGCACAUGACUCCAGUUUGAUGUCAUGAAACUCAGACAGUCGAGAUCCAACUUUUCACGAAAGCAGAUUGGUGGUCAAGCAUGUACUAGUCUAAGUAAUAGGUAAUUUUAGAACGUAUUGAGACAACUGUUGAGAAGUUUAUUAUUGUGGCAGCGGAGGAGACAGCAUGGGAUUAGUGUGCGAUACCUACAGCCAGGUGAGUUUAUAUUCAUAAGCCUGUAGUGAUGUAAGCACCUGCAGCAUGGCUAAACAGACUACUUCAUAAGAAGAAGAAGAAACUUUAUUUUAUAAGCAGCUACAUGGCAAAUUUAUUAAAAUGUGUUUAAAAAGAAGAGGGAAAAAAGGAACCGAAGUAAAGUGUAAAGUUUAAAAAAGUUAAACACAUUAAACACAACUCACCCACUCUCUUCCAGCAGCCGCUUGUUUGUAGCGAGACCUCGGGCUAGUCCAUUACGGACUGCUGCGGGGUGACACAGCUCAAGGAAGAACAUUUAUGAUCAUUUCUUCAUGGAAAUGAAUGAAUGAAUGACGCUAAAAAGAAAAACUACCGCGUCUGCAGUGCAAAAUGAUCAAUAUGGUGAUUAUUACUUAAAGAAAAUGAUAAAGAAAUGGUCAUAAAUGUUCUUCCUUGAGCUGCGUUACCCCGCUGUAGGCCGUAAUGGACUGGCCCGAGGUCUCGCUACAAACAAGUGGCUGCUGGAAGAGAGUGGUUGAGCUGUGUUUAGUCUCUUUGUUAAAGAAAUCAGGCAAAGCUAAAAAGAUGUUUGCCGGCUAGUACUAUGGCUAGGACCCUAUAAGUUCUGUUAAUGAAGUUAGGUGUUGUUCUGAGCAUUAUUUGUGGCUAUAAAGUGGCUUUUUGGUUAAGGUAUGUGCAUGGAGACGUAGACCGCUGUGUAUUGCUAUCAUGCGGUCAUUACUAAAGUUGGUAUAACUAGAGAAGCAAGCAGUCAACAGCAUUCAUCCUCGAGGGGGUGUCUAACUCAGUUUUACGGUGUGUUUGACCCUGGAUUAAUUUCACGCCGGAAUAUCCCUUCAAUAGCAUCACCAAAACUCUUCCCACAGCUUUAUACCACCACCAGCUCUCUUUCUACCCCUUUAGUUCCCCCAUGCUCACUACCUGCCUAAUUAGCUGCUGGUUGUUUAAUGAACUUGCAUCAGCCUUAACAAAAAAGCUCUCUGAGAAUGCUGAACAACCUGAUUUUAUCAUGAGUGUCAGCGUGACUUUGCUUUUCAUACCAUGCGAGAGGAUUUUAUUCCUGCUCUGAGUUGACUCAGCUUGUUUUUUUCUAACGAGUUUUGUCUGCUUUUUCGCAGGAAUUUGCUCGGUAUUAUUUGAACAAAAGCAGCAAGUAUGAGGCCGAAACCACAGACGGGCUGUUGAAAGGUGAGACUUUUCCACUCUGACAAACUGAACUGAUUCAAGAGUCCUCUUUGUAUUUUUAGUGAUAUUAAUACACAGAGCAACAGGCAGAUAGAGAAAUGUGUGGUUUUAAUUGAUCCUCAGCUGGUGUUAUAGACGCAGAUCAUCAGAUCAAACAAUAUACCGAAGAAGUAAACACUCAGUGAAUAAACUCUCAUCAGUAAAACAUGAAAUUAUUUCAACCUAGAAGUUCAAUUUAACAGUACUGAAAAAGUUUUAAAAAUGGUGUAUUGUUACAGUAAACCUUCAUGAAAAUAUAAAAUAUGAAUAUAAAAACUAUAAAAAGUACUUAACAGAGUUUGAAAUAAAAAGUGAAAUAAAUCAAAAGUUAACAUUACAAAGCUGAUCUGUAUCAAAGUUUAACCUUAAAUGUAGAGCUUAAAUAUAACUGAAAUGUAACAUACUUAAAAAAAGAAACUCAAUAUCAUGAAUUAAAUGUCUUGGUAUAUCAAAACUAUAUGUAUUAAAAGAACUUGAAUAACUCUAAAACUUAGAGCUAAAAUUCCUUGUGCAAUUUUAAAAUGCUUAAGUAAGUAAUAAUAUAAUUAUACAUGAGAGAAGUUGAAAUAUAGAAGUCUUAUCUAUAAUGUGAGCUAGCUUAAAAUUAAAAAAUCUGCAGUUAAGCCCAAAUAGCUGUCAUACCUCAAAAUGCUUUAGAAAAUUAAAAUAAUGAAGUCAGAUUGUCUCUCGUAGUAAAACAUUUUAGGAAAAUUUAAAUAAUAAAUGUAAAACCUUUGAACUCAAAAGUUUAUAACGAAUAUUAGACCUUGUAAAACCAAAACAUUAAAGUAAACUCAAAUGUGGCAGUUUUAAAAAUAAAUUUUACUGUCAGUUAAACAUGUCCUUAAGAUAAAAAGUGUAAAUGCAGAGCUCAGUCUAUUUUAAAACAUACUUCACAGGGAGGUGGAUGUUAUUGUGCAGAUACAUUGUUUACAGUAGUAGAUGUGCAGACGCCCUUUUGAUUUACAACGUCCCUUUAAUAAUAAUCCGAGUUUAAAUCAUGAAUCUUUGACUCCACUGCAAGUGAAUUUAUUUGGUUUGUCUCUGUUUGUCCACCCCCCACCCCCCCCAAAUCUGCUUCAAUUAAAUCAAUUCAGUGGAACAUUAUCUUGUUAAGUGAGUUGACCCUUCCAUUUAUCCCAUUAGAGUCCUGACAGGGCCGGGACAAAGACAUAGUCUGUUACUCUCACAGAGACCCACACAGACACACACAACUCUCUGAAUGCUACAAAGACCGUCAAAUCACACAUUUCGCUCUAUUGCUCGAAAUCAUGCAUCAAAUCUAACUGACUUGAGAAGUUUGAAAAUAAGUAUUUAUUUAAACCAAAGCUGAAGAAGACUCUAAACUAUGUCUGUCUGCAUCUGUUUCAUUUAUUUUUUGUUAAUUUUUUUUUUUUUUUUUACUUAAUUUUCCAGGAACUGAAACCGUAGUAAGAUAUAACCAAGGUAAGAAACAUUUAAGGAAUAAAAAGAAAAGAAUAUGAAAUAAUAAAUAAAGAACAGUAAUUCACAUUUAAAAACAAAAUAAUCAGAUUUAAAUACAUUCAAAGCUCCCACGUCUCCCCCCUACUGACCCAAAACCUCCCACUCAGAUCCCUCCAUGUGCACAAGCAUGUGUCUGUUCUGCCUCGGUUACAAUUUUCACAUUCAUGCAUGCUGAUGCUGCUCUUUAAGCGACAUGCUGCUUAUUGCACAGCUGAGUGCAUUAAACAUGAAUUAUUUAUCCGUUUUUUUUUUUCCAGCUGGUAAACACUUGGUUAUAAUUUGUUGUAAUUUUUAUGAGAAAGAAGUCUUGUAUCUCAACCAGAAUAACACACAAGGUACAAGUAAAGUUCAGGGUGACAGGUGGAGAAAAUUUAGACGCUAACUUCUCCUAAAUUUCCUGAAGUUGCAGCUUUUACAGCCAGAGCUAUGAUGAUCACACAGCUUCACAUCUAUUGUUGGAUUGUGCGAAAGCAUUUUUAAUUCUGCCCAUUUCUGCAAGUCAAACCAUCACAGAUUUAAGGGUAAGAGUUUAGCAUCAUUUUAACUCUCCUUUUUAAAUAUAAGUCAUAUAUUUAUCUGCAGAAGGCGGCACGACAGAGAACGGAAAGCUGAACGGCCAUGCUAACGGCGCCGCUGCCUGCAGUGUAGACGAGGUCGAGUCAGAGUCAGACGUCACCAAACAAACCAUCCUGCCUGUGGAGCAGGACGACAAGGGACAAGCCAAAGCUUCGGUCAAGGAGGUCUUCAAAAAGGUGAGGCCACAGCUCUGUUUUUUCAUAAAUAUUAUAAAUAAAUUCAAGUUAAAUGUUGGAAAAUUAUGUUUGUUUUAUUCCUCUCUGAUUUGCAGAUCUGGGUGAUGGCGUUCUGCGUGACGUUUGUGUUCACUGUCACUCUGUCCGUCUUCCCGGCUAUCACUGCAGAUGUCAAAACAUAUUUCCCAAACACCAGAUGGGGUAUGACCGACCUUCAACACGCACGCACACACACACACAAACACUGAAAAACACUUAAAGGUCAACAGGGUCUCUUCAAUAAAACUUUAAUAUAGCUGAUGAAUCGAAUCUGAUUGUUUCCUCCUCAGAGCGUUUCUUCAUCUCCACGUGCUGCUUCUUGAUUUUCAACAUCAACGACUGGCUGGGUCGGACCGUCACCACAUGGAUACACUGGGUACGUUUUUAAUCAAGCCUUUAAAUUUGAUUCAGAUCAGUAGUUAUGGUUUUGACAGAACUACUGGACUUCAACCGAGGCGACAAUUUCAUACAGAUCAGAUCUUUUUUUUUUUUUAAGGUCGAUUUGAAGCCCAAGCCUAACCUUCAAACACUGAGCGUAUUUGCUUUGGUUAAAAAUAAAACAAUGUUUAUGUGAAAAUACUGAUUUAAGCCUGCUGCACUAAUCCACAAUAUGACAAUGCUGCGGUUUUUUAAUACAUCUUCCCUUCUCUUUUUUUGCAGCCUAAGAAAGACUCCCGUCUGUUCCCGGCGUUUGUCAUCGCCCGGGUGGUGUUCAUCCCUCUGCUCAUGCUCUGUAACGUCCAGAAACGCAAAUACCUGCCCAUCUACUUCCCCCACGAUGUCGCGUUCACCAUCCUCAUGUGUCUCUUCUCCCUGUCCAGCGGCUACUUUGUCUGCCUCUCCAUGUCCUACGCUCCACAGUGAGUAUAAAAGAGGUCAAGACUGUGAAAACUAUGGACAAAAACCAGGAUUUAAUGACAUAUUUUUACACAGAUUUUCUCCGUUUGAAUCAUUUUCCAAGAUUAGCUGAUUAAAAGAGGAUUUCUUUCUUCUUAUUGUUAUUUAUGAAUGAAAACCUAAUUUGAAAUUCCGGUUUUGGACUCCUAGUUGGACAAAAGAAGCAGUUUGAAGGUUUUGGCAGAUUAAUGGAAACCGGUACAAGUUAGUUGAAGUGUACGGUGUUACUGCUUAGACAAAGAAAAUCUACUCAAACUUUAGCCGCUAUAUUUAAACUCAAAAACAGCACCACAGCAUAGAUUACUGGUAUGAGUCUCACCUGAAUGGAGCUCAUAAGUCCUUGAAAGCCUUAUCAGCACAACCUGAAGCCAAUCUCAAUUAAACUAAAGGGAUUUGAAUCCCUCUAACUACAUAUUAACAGUGAUUUUAAAGAAUGAAGAUUGCAUAACGUAAGCCUUGAGUGGCCUGAGGUGUGUCCAGAGUCGCACCUUGUUCCAGCUCGAUCACAAACACAACACGGCUCAGCGACAACGUAAUGAAUCAGCAAUUUUUGUGAAUUUGAGUCCUGGCAAUUACUUUAAUUAUUGUUAGGUAACUUGUUGGUACAUUUUCACGUAUCAGAUCAAGAACAGUAAAAUGCUGACCCACUCAGGAAGACUUAGUGUUGUGGAGUUCUGCUGUGUGCCAGUAGACUGAUGUCGUGCCAUCACAGCCUUUACCUCAGAUCAGCACUGUGAGAGUGUUGCAUAAAGUGAUGGAUAAAUCAUAAUUUACGCAACAGUGCAGCAUGUCUUCAUUCACUUCUGAUUUUACCAUCAAGUGGAAGUAUCAUGUCCUUCCAGAAUAAAUUUUUUCACACUGAAAGACACCAAAAAACUGAGUAUAUCUAUUUUUAGACUUGAGCUUUAUUUUUAGAUGUUUUACACUCUAAAAUUAUUCCCUUGCAAUUUUUAAAAAGUGCCAGUCCAGCUCUUGAUCCUCUCCCGACACGUCUGACUUUGUCCUCCUUCACCAGGUUGGUGCAUCCCAAAGACGCAGAGACUGCAGGAGCCUUGAUGACUUUCUUCUUAGCUCUGGGUCUGUCUAUCGGAGCUGCAGUGUCCUUCCCUCUCAGAGCUCUGGUUUAGUCCCUCACACACUCGCCCAUCCCUGCGUAGACACUGUAGAGUCGUCACACACUCGCCUGAGGGAGGAAACAUGAUGGGUGAAACCUCUCCUCGUUUUCUCCAUUCAUCAAUCAGGUGUUGUGUGAAACAGCGGCAACAACCAGUGACGGUUGCUAGUCAUAAUGGACUGACAGGAUAUUGUAUAUAACCCGAGAUGGUCAUGUGACCUGCUGCUGACCUGGAGAAACAGAUGAAGAAGAGUCCCCCUCAUAUAGGAUUGUUUUGUUUGUUUUUUUGGACCUUUUAUUUUGGUAUUUUUAGGAUUAUUUAUGUUAAAUUUAUAGACCAGAUUUCUUCUUCUUGCUGUAUAGGAAAAGGGAAACCUGGAAUAGACUGAAAUAUUUCAUUUUCAUAUACUGCAAUUAUAUAUAAAUAUAUAAAAAAGUUUAAGGUAGAAGGUUGUGUUUGUAACCUUUGUUUGGUUUUUGAGUUUUUUAUUUGAUGACUUGAAUAAUUCCAGUGGAUCUACUCUUAGUUUUUUGUUAGUCUUUAUUCUGUAUUUUCUAACAGAAAAGCUCUGUGUUACAUAAGUAGAACAAACAGAAACUUCUUUGUACUUUUACGGCAGUAAAUGACAAAUUAAUGAGUGUAAAGGGCAUGGAUGGAGGCAUGGAUGGAUUAAUGAACGGGCUAAAUUAGAGCCAGCAGCAGGCCAAGUGUAGAGAGAGCAGAGAAAACACUCAUAAGGACCAGAAACUGAUGCAAAAUGAUGACAAAGAGAUGCCAGACAAGUUAAAAGAGACACAUUUAGAGGUUUUUGUCUGUAGGUCCCAAUAUUUAUGUUUCCAGAGGGUCUACAUAGGGCAUUUUGUCUUAACACCACCACAACUUGAGUCCUGUUUUCCCAACAUGAAGGCUGCUGCUGCCCUCUGCUGGUCAAAUGGCUGUACUGUUGCAGGAGAAACCUCAAACAUGACCAAGAUCAGGGGAGUGUCACAAAUAUAACCUGACAUUACCUCGUGGUAAGAGAUUUAAACUCAGAACAGAUGUAGGAAAUAUUAGAGACUGCACUCAUGAUGACAAAGACCCAUUUAACCAUUUAAAGAAUAAUUUACAAACACUCGACUGAUCAAGAAGCUGUUCCUCCAUUUUUGUUGCCUCACUUCCAUGUUUUUUUUUAUUAUUAUAAUUGACGACGGGCAUGAGUUUCAUUCCAGCAAGAUUACGGUACCCUUUGUAAGGUGCCCCCUGCAGGUCAGAUAAGGAUAUUUGAGUUAUUAUGGUAUUGAUAUUGAUAAAAUGCUGACAAAGAGUUAUGUUACGUAUUGCAUGGAGAGGAGAAGGAGAUCUUCUGUAUUUUUUGUGCCAUGCUUCAGUGGAGUGCAAAUAUUAAAGUUUCUUUGAGUUGUUUUCAAAGUUAUGCAUAAAUAAUAUGUGUAGGAAUUAACUUCCCGCUUUAGGUUGAUGUAGGAGUUUUAGCCCAGUGAUAAGAAUCUCUUGACUGACACAUGUUUUUAUUUUCUUUGCUCACAUGCUCUUCAGGCCUUUAAUUUGUGCCAUCUGAGAGUUUGUCAUGAAAUUAGUCGUUUUUGUGAUUGCUGCUGUUUCAAAUCAAAUAAGGGCUGAUCCUGAUGGAGGGAGUGACAUGAGUUGAGUUUGUUUGUAGUUACUUUCAAGGUGUGGCUGCUGCAUUUACCUGCAGUGAGAUUUUUAUUUUCAGUCUAAUCUCAACACUGCAUGUGUGGGAGUAAGUGUCAGUACAGAGAGAGCUCUGAUUUCCGUUAACUUACCUGGAAACAGCUGCAGCAUUUAUGUCUCCGAAUCCACCAGAUCCCAUUGACAAAACAGUGAUUUUAACUCUAAGGCCAUGAUAGUGAUUAAAUUACAGAUGCUAUGAUGGGUUGGUUUGCAUCUUUAAAUAACUGGGUUUAAAACAGCUGAUUCAGCUUACACCAAAUAUCUGUGCUGCACAGUUUCAACCAGAAUGUGAACUAAGUCGCGCAGCAGUAAGCCUGAAACUCCACUAUUCUGCUCAUUAAAAUGGCUGUUUUUAUCAAUGGAGUUUGGUGGAUUCAAGGAACGUGGCUUUAAGAUGUUUCUGGGGUCCUAAUCUUCAGAAAAAAAAAAAUCAUCAGUGGGGUUCCUGUCUGUAAAGCUAGAAAACCAGUCUGGUGGGAACAAUACAUUCUGUGUAAUACACACUGCAUUAACAUAAAAUACCCUCUAAGUGGGAAAUGUGGUGCUUUUACACUCAGCUUUAUAUUUCCUGCAGGAUUUAAAGUUAUUUCACAGUGAUUUAACGCUUGAGGAAGACUCCAAACCGGACAUUAUUUCCUAACAUCAACUCUCUGCUUCUAAACAUUAAAGAUAACAGGAGUAUUUUACAGGCUGUCUUCAGGUGAUAAGCGCAGGAAUUGACAGUUUAAUCACCUGUAAUGAUUAGUCUACGCUCGUGUUGCUGAUUGUCUUCGCAGGAGAUCCUCCAACAUUACAGACAAACACAGAGGAAUCAAUCAUCAGUUGAGUAGAGACCACAGGACCAUGUCUGAGCUUCAGUAAAGGGAAUUUAUGCCUGUGCAUGUGAACAAUGUAUCUUUGUAGACCUGUCAAUAAAUGCAUAGUUGUAAUGGGCAAUGUCUGG